UAAGUCAAUUGAAAAGUAGCACUGUAAAGUAUUUUCUAUCCUUUGAGAAUUGCAUUGAAGUAUUAUAAAGUAACGGCUGUAUUAAGAAAUUUAAACAAUGAAAAAAUGGUGAGGCAUAAUAAUCAGUUACCAGAAAAUCUUCCACAAUUACAAAAUCUAAUCAAACGUGAUUCAGAAUCCUAUAAAGAAGAAUUUCUUCAGCAAUAUCAGCACUACAAAUCUGUUUUGGAAGUAUUUCGUUUAACACCAAAUAAAUUCAAUAAAAGUCUUGAUGAAGUAGUUAUCUUUCUAGCACAGUAUUAUAAAGUAACGGCUGUAUUAAGAAAUUUAAACAAAUUUACUAAUCCUGUUAUACAAAACACGUGCAUGAUAAAAAUGAAGACUAAAAAGAAAACUGAAAAGAAAAUGGCAUAUGGCAUAUUCGAUUUCGUUUUUUAG